UGCAGAUGAUGCGAGGAGCGAAGAGAUCAUGGGGCAGGUGCAGAGACAGCUCAUGCAGGCUUUGUUGCUGUGCCUGUUUAUUGCCAGCAAACCAUUGUCCGCAACCUCUGAGUCAGAAGCUCUUUGUGGUGACUGCUACCGGAUUGAUACUGUGACUUUGGUUGGUGUGGUCCUGGGGGAUAUCCUGUUAACGGUCAUUAUUAUCUUGGUUGUAUAUUUCUGUACAAAGCAAACCUUCCAGAAACGAUCAGUCAUUGAUGACAAGAAAAUCUAUAUGAACAUGCCCGGCAGAUAAAGCGAAGUUUUCUGCUGACUGACCACUGACAACAUAAAGAAUCUGGUUUCUUGAAAUUAAAAACCACUGUAUAUAAUUAUAAAUAAUAUUUUAUAUGUAUACUCUCUGUAGUGUACUGUGCAAAACGUUCAUAAACGAAGAUGGUUCCAGUGGGUCACAAACUAUGUCGCUUUCCCUGUUUCUCUGCUCACAGCUGAUGCCCACAUAGAAGAAAUUACCUGACAAAGCUCAGCUUUAUAUAUAUAUGUAGGCACCUACAAUUGAGGCUACUUCUUAUAUCAAACGCACCAAACCAUUUUGCACAUAAAUGAAUAAAUUAAUUAACAAACAUAGAGGUAUAUUCUAAUCCUUAAAGGGAUAGGAAACCCUAAUAUUUUCUUUCAUUAUUCGGAUAGAACAUUCAAUUUUAAACAACUUUUCAAUUUACUAAUAUUUACUAUAAUUAAAUUUGCUUAAUUCUCUUGUUAUCCUUUGCUGAAGGAACAGCAUUGCACUACUGGCAUCUAUCUGAACACAUCUAGUUAGCCAAUCACAAGAGACAAAUGUGGGCAGGCAACAAUCAGUAGCUAUCUCCCUCUAGUGUAGCAUGUGUGUGUUUUUUCAACAAGGGAUACCAAGAGAAUGAAGCACAUUUGAAAAUAAAAGUGAAUUUAAAAGUGUUUUAAAAUGACCGGGUCUAUCUGAAUCGUGCAAGUUUAAUUUUGACUUUCUUAUCCCUUUAAGGAAAGCUUAUUUUUUUUUUUUUCCAAAUGUAACUAUUACAUUUUGUAAAUAAAAAAACCCCAUUAAUAACUUUUCUAAAGGAGUAUAAUUAAAUACACCUGACUUUUGUUUUA